CGUGAUCCGCCCAGCCACCGCCGCCGACUGCAGUGACAUCCUGCGUCUGAUCAAGGAACUGGCUAAAUACGAAAACAUGGAAGACCAAGUAGUGUUAACUGAAAAAGAUCUACUAGAAGAUGGUUUCGGAGAGCACCCUUUCUACCACUGCCUGGUUGCAGAAGUGCCCAAGGAGCACCAGUCUCCAGAAGGACACAGUGUUGUGGGAUUCACCAUGUACUACUUUACCUAUGACCCAUGGAUUGACAAACUCUUGUAUCUUGAGGACUUCUUCCUAAUGAGGGAUUAUAGAGGCUUUGGCAUAGGAUCAGAAAUCCUGAAGAAUCUAAGCCAGGUUGCGAUGAAAUGUCGCUGCAGCAGCAUGCACUUCUUGGUAGCAGAAUGGAACGAACCAUCUAUCAACUUCUACAAAAGAAGAGGUGCUUCUGAUCUGUCCAGUGAAGAGGGGUGGAGACUCUUCAAGAUCGACAAGGAGUACUUGCUCAAAAUGGCAGCAGAGGAGUGAGGAGUACUGAGGCAGACAGUGACAGCUUCCAUUCUAUUUUAGAUUAAAUUCUCAACGGCUCUUGCUUUCUAUCCUAUUUGUAGUCAAAUAAUAGAAUGAACACCCAUUCCAAAGCUUUAUUACCAGUGGCGUCGUUACAUGUUUGAAAUGCGGUC